CUUUUCGCAUGCAAAAACCUACGCCAUAUUGUUAUUUACAGCGCAACGGGCUUCUAGAGAGAAGAAAAAAAUCUUGUGGUUUUUUGCAGAUUACUUUUUGUAAACUACUCUUGUGCUAAGGAAUUUCUAUUUCUUUCAACAAUUUCACCGGUGUUUUUUUAUAUGCUUAAUUAAAAUCUAAUUUUUAUUAAAACAAAAUAACCAUCUUUCGCAAAGAUGUCAAAUAUAGCGCUAGAUAAAGAAACAUUUUUCCGCCGAAUAAAACGAUUAUACUCAGAGUGGAAGGCUCCAACAUUUGAUCAUGAUGAUUCAUUAAAAAAAGUCGAUUGUAUGUUGUCCUGUGUCGGCGUGGACGAAGAUGUAGCUUACAGCAAAUCAACAGCUCUACAGUCGUGGCUAUUGGGUUAUGAGCUAACAGAUACUAUUUGCGUUCUAUCUGAAAAAGCAGUCUACUUUCUGACGAGCAAAAAGAAAAUUGAAUUUUUGAAACAAAUUGAGAAUAGCAAAGAAGAUGAUAUACCACCAAUUAAGUUAUUGGUCCGUGACAGGAAUGACAAAGAUAAAGCAAACUUUACAAAACUUAUCAAUGCGAUGAAAGAUUCCAAAGCUGGUAAAACUUUGGGAGUUUUCAUUAAAGAUGGAUUCCCGGGGGAAUUUUGUGAAUCUUGGAAAGCAGCAUUGAAGCAGGAGAAAUUCGAAAAUGUUGAUAUUGGAGCAGCUGUGGCUUAUAUCAUGUGCCCGAAGGAUGAGCCCGAGAUUAAUAGUAUUCGUAAAGCUUCAUUGGUGUCGGUUGAUUUGUUCAAUAAGUAUUUGAAGGAUCAGAUUAUGGAUAUUAUUGAUUCGGAUAAGAAAGUAAAACACUCCAAACUUGCUGAAGGUGUGGAAGGCGCCUUAACUGACAAAAAAUAUGUUACCGGCGUUGAUACGUCUCAAUUGGACAUGUGUUAUCCACCAAUCAUUCAAUCAGGAGGAGUUUAUUCAUUAAAAUUUUCUGCCCUCAGUGAUAAAAACUAUUUACACUUUGGUGCAAUUGUUUGUUCUUUAGGUGCCCGUUACAAAUCUUAUUGUUCCAAUAUUUCUCGUACCCUUCUGGUAAAUCCAACAGAAAAAACACAAGAACAAUACAAUUUCCUUGUCACAGUACAAGAAGAAAUUCUCAAAAACCUCAAACCUGGGGCCAAACUCAAUCAAAUCUUCGAUACAACAAUUGAAUUUGUGAAAAAAGAAAAACCAAAACUAUUGGAUAAUCUAACAAAAACUUUUGGUUUUGCAAUGGGAAUUGAAUUCCGUGAGAAUUCCAUCAUUAUUGGACCCAAAUGUCAGGCAGUUGUAAAGAAGGGAAUGAUUUUCAAUGUAAAUGUUGGAUUGGCAAAUUUGACCAACAGUGAAGCAUCCGACAAAGAAGGCAAAACAUAUUCGCUCUUCAUUGGAGACACAGUCCUGGUGACCGAUACACCGCCAGCCAAUAUUAUGACUCCUUCAAAGAAGAAAAUCAAAAAUAUUGGAAUCUUUAUUAAAGAAGACGAUGACGAUGAAGAGGAAGAAGAUAAGAAAGAAGAAGCUGAAGAAAAUGGCACACAAAUUCUAGGUGGUCGCAGUAAGAGAAAUGCUGUUUUAGAGAACAAACUCCGAAAUGAACACAGUACGGAAGAAAAACGUAAACAACAUCAAAAGGAAUUGGCUCAAUUGCUCAAUGAAAAAGCCAAAGAGCGUCUUGCCAAACAAGGAGAAUCGAAAGAGAUUGAAAAGGUUAGAAAGAAUACAGUUUCGUACAAAAGUGUCAGCCAAAUUCCACGAGAACCCGAAGUCAAGGAACUAAAACUCUAUGUGGACAAAAAAUACGAAACGGUGAUUAUGCCAAUAUUUGGUCUGCCAGUGCCGUUCCAUAUAUCAACGAUUAAGAAUAUUUCGCAAUCGGUGGAAGGAGAGUAUACGUAUUUGCGUAUUAACUUUUUCCAUCCAGGUGCGACAAUGGGACGCAAUGAAGGUGGCAUUUAUCCACAACCUGAAGCCACAUUUGUCAAAGAGGUAACCUAUCGCAGUGCCAAUACAAAAGAACCAGGUGAAAUCUCAGCUCCAUCAUCGAAUCUUAACAAUGCGUUCCGUCUCAUCAAAGAGGUACAAAAACGCUUCAAAACACGCGAAGCUGAAGAACGUGAAAAAGAAGAUCUUGUGAAGCAAGAUACCCUUGUUAUGUCACAGAACAAAGGUAAUCCCAAGCUAAAAGAUUUGUACAUUCGUCCAAAUAUUGUUACCAAACGUAUGACUGGCAGUUUGGAAGCACACACAAACGGUUUUCGUUAUGUCUCAGUGCGAGGUGACAAAGUCGACAUUCUAUACAAUAACAUCAAGAGCGCCUUCUUCCAGCCUUGUGAUGGUGAAAUGAUUAUUCUCCUCCAUUUCCAUCUGAAACACGCGAUUAUGUUUGGCAAGAAAAAGCAUGUCGAUGUUCAAUUCUACACAGAAGUGGGUGAAAUCACAACAGAUUUGGGCAAGCACCAACACAUGCAUGAUCGUGAUGAUUUGGCUGCCGAACAAGCCGAACGAGAGCUACGACACAAACUCAAGACGGCAUUCAAGAGUUUCUGCGAAAAGGUUGAAGCAAUGACCAAACAACAAGUUGAAUAUGAUACACCAUUCCGAGAGUUGGGCUUCCCCGGGGCGCCAUUCCGUAGUACUGUACUCCUGCAACCAACUUCUGGAAGUUUGGUCAAUUUGACGGAGUGGCCGCCAUUUGUUAUUAGUUUGGAAGAUGUGGAAUUGGUGCACUUUGAGAGAGUUCAAUUCCAUUUGAGGAAUUUCGAUAUGAUCUUUGUGUUCAAGGACUACAAUAAGAAGGUUGCAAUGGUAAAUGCAAUUCCAAUGAAUAUGCUGGAUCACGUCAAGGAAUGGUUGAACUCGUGUGACAUUCGUUAUUCGGAAGGUAUUCAAUCGUUGAACUGGACAAAGAUUAUGAAAACCAUCACAGACGAUCCGGAUGGCUUUUUCGAAAGUGGUGGAUGGACUUUCUUGGAUCCCGAAUCGGAUGGUGAAGAAAAUCAUGAAAGUGCUGAGUCUGAAGAAGAUGAUGCAUAUGAACCAACCGAUGUGGAUGAUGAUGAUGAGUCUGAUGAUGAUUCUGAGUAUUCAGAAGCAUCAGAAGAUGACAGUUAUGAGAGUGAUGAGGAAUUGGGUACAGAUGAAGAAUCUGGUAAAGAUUGGUCAGAUUUGGAGAGGGAAGCAGCGGAAGAGGAUCGAAAUCAACAAGACCAACAUUAUAGCGGUGGUGGUAAAGAAAACGGCAAGAGUCGUGAAUUUAACAAAAAACACUCAUCGAAAAGCUCUAAGCACAGAAGGGAACGCGAUAUGCCUCAGCAAAAAAAGAGCAAAUCCUCAAAAGACAAGCACAUGUCAUCGCAUAGCCCUUCAAAAUCAUCGAAAGACAAACAUCACGACAGAAGCAAGGAUAGACACCACGAUAAAAGUCGAGAUAAGAAUCGAAGUAGUAGUAGUCAUCAUCAUAGCGAUAAGAAACGUUCACGUGACGACAGCAAUGAUCAUGGCCACAAAUCAAAAAAAUCAAGGCGCUGAAAUAAUUUCAAAACAAAAAACUCUUGAUGAAGGACUUCGUCUUGUGGAAAUCCGAGUCUAUUGGCGCAAAGUUUUAUCAAAUAUUUAUCAAAAUUAUCAAAGUGAGGAUAAAAACAUUCAAAAUAUAACUUUUCUGAGACUUUUUUUUUAUGUUUUUGUGAGUCAGUUUGUAUUAUUAUCUUCUUUUAUUACCGAAAAAAAAUCUAAAGCAGUGUUUUACAUUUAAGUUUGUUUGUUAUUUCUCUCUUCGAUCACAAAAAAAAAGUAUUGGAUAUAUGAGAAAAGUUUUUCUUUUUUUUUCUUACUUGAAGAUUGAAGGGUUUGCUCAUUUCAUUUUAAAUUUCUGUUAACAAAAAAAAAAAAAAAAAAUAAAACAAUGCAUAAAAUAAAACCAAUCGAUUCCAAUGUUAUGUGAGAUAAAAAAUGAAAAUAUGUGAAAACAUAAUUAUUACAAAGAAACAAUAAAAAAAAAUAUCCUUUUGUAAA